AGUCGUCAGCAGGGCAGCGGCAAACUUUUGGGCUUCUUAAUGUGGCGCAGAGGAAUUGCGCGGCUCUGAUAAGUCGCUAUCAUUUCAAUAUUUUCCACAGGCCCGAGUAUAUUGGAAGGUUAUUUUUAGUUGGAAACGUGCAGUUUUUGCAACAAAUGAAAUAGUAAAAAAAGUGAGCGUUGCUGGAUCAUGUAAAUUGAACUCCCAGUACUGAGGUUUAAGGGACUGAGAGAGAGGGAGAUUCCAUUCUAUCGUCGCUGUUAGAUUUGUUACCAGCGGCUACAUUGUAAAAUUCCCAGCUGAAGCCUUGCUGAUUAUUAUUCCCAAAUCCGAACGAUGUUUUGCAAACUUAUCCCGCGUUAUUAAAAACCUGGAAUAUGGAGCGGUGCUGAUCGCCCGUCGACCUACCUGUGUUCUCCCUUGGGUGACGGAUCGGAAUCGGUUCCGCCAGACAACUGAAUGCCCACGGCACUCCCGGACAACGCAAUUCUGGAAAUUAUAGAGAGGAUAUCAGAGCAGGGGGUUUAAGAGAGAUUUUUUUUAAAAAAAGGACUGGGAAAAAUGUCAACUCCCACCAGGUACAAGAAGGAUAAAGAAAUUGUAACCGAAUAUGAGACACAAAUGAAAGAAAUCCGGGCUCAGUUAGUCGAGCAGCUGAAAUGCUUGGAGCAGCAGACGGAGAUGAGGGUUCAGCUCCUCCAGGAUCUCCAGGAUUUCUUCCGCAAGAAGUCGGAGAUUGAAAUGGAGUAUUCCCGAAAUCUGGAGAAGCUGGCUGAGCGAUUCAUGGCGAAGACUCGCAGCACAAAGGACCAUCAGCAGUACAAGAAAGACCAGAAUCUUCUGUCCCCAGUAAAUUGUUGGUACUUACUCUUGAACCAAGUCAGGAGAGAAAGCAAAGACCACGCAACCUUGAGUGACAUCUAUCUAAACAAUGUCAUCAUGCGUUUUAUGCAGAUUAGUGAGGACUCCACAAGACUCUUCAAAAAGAGCAAGGAGAUCGGGUUCCAGCUGCACGAGGAUUUAAUGAAGGUUCUCAACGAGCUGUACACGGUCAUGAAGACAUACCACAUGUACCACACGGAGAGCAUCAGUGCCGAGAGCAAACUGAAGGAGGCCGAGAAACAGGAGGAGAGGCAGAUCAGCAGGGACCCUGUCUUCAGCAUGCGGUUGGAGGAGAAGCACCAGAGGCGCAGCUCGGUGAAGAAGAUGGAGAAGAUGAAGGAGAAGCGCCAAGCCAAAUACUCAGAGAACAAGCUGAAAUCCAUCAAAGCACGAAAUGAAUAUCUGUUGACACUGGAGGCAAGCAACAGCUCAGUGUUCAAAUAUUACAUCCAUGACCUUUCUGAUGUAAUCGAUUGCUGUGACCUGGGCUAUCAUGCUAGCUUAAACAGAGCGCUGAGGACGUUUCUCUCUGCAGAGUACAACCUGGAGACAUCCAGGCACGAGGGUCUGGACAUCAUAGAGAACGCAGUGGACAACCUGGACCCUCGUAGUGACAAGCAGCGCUUCAUGGAAAUGUAUAACUCGGCUUUCUGCCCACCUGUCCGAUUUGACUUCCAGCCCCAUAUGGGAGACGAGGUGUGCCAGGUGAGUGCGCAGCAACCUGUGCAGGCAGAGCUGAUGCUCAGGUACCAACAGCUGCAGUCCAGGCUAACGACUCUGAAGAUUGAAAAUGAGGAGGUUAAAAAGACAAUGGAAGCCACCCUGCAAACAAUCCAGGACAUGGCUACCAUCGAGGACUAUGACGUGUCGGAGUGCUUCCAGCACAGUCGCUCCACAGAAUCGGUCAAAUCCACUGUGUCAGAAACCUACAUGAGCAAGCCCAGCAUUGCUAAGAGACGAGCCAAUCAGCAAGAGACUGAGCAGUUCUACUUUAUGAAACUUAAAGAAUAUCUUGAAGGCAGCAACCUCAUCAUGAAGCUACAAGCCAAGUAUGACUUGCUUCAUCACACCCUAGGAGAAGGGCAGAAAACUGACCUCAUAACCACAAGGCCUCCAAAUUUACCCCCUAAACCUCAGAAAGUCCGGAAGUCCAGACCCCGGUCAGAGUAUAAUGCUAAGUUGUUUAAUGGGGAUUUGGAAGCGUUCGUCAAGGACUCAGGACAAGCCAUUCCCCUCAUUGUGGAAAGUUGCAUCCGAUUUAUCAACCUCUAUGGUCUCCAACACCAGGGGAUUUUUCGAGUGCCCGGUUCACAGGCUGAAGUCAAUGAUAUCAAGAAUUCAUUUGAACGAGGUGAGGAUCCUUUGGCAGAUGGACAGGACAACCAUGAUAUUAACUCAGUCGCAGGAGUUCUGAAGCUCUAUUUCAGAGGACUGGAAAAUCCACUGUUUCCCAAGGAAAGAUUUAAUGAACUCAUUCCUUGUGUCCGAAUAGAGAAUCUGUACGAGCGAGCUCUUCACCUCCGCAAGAUCUUGCUCACACUGCCGCGCUCUGUCAUCGUGGUGAUGAGAUACCUCUUUUCCUUUCUGAACCACUUGUCCCAGUUCAACGACGAGAACAUGAUGGAUCCCUACAACCUGGCCAUCUGCUUCGGCCCAACGCUGAUGCCAGUCCCGGAGACGCAGGACCAGGUCUCCUGCCAGCCCCACGUAAAUGAGUUAAUUAAAACCAUCAUCAUCCACAAUGAGCUGAUCUUCCCGGAUUCCAAGGACUUGGAGGGGCCCGUGUACGAGAAGUGCAUGGCUGGUGAUGAUUAUUGCGACAGUCCGUACAGUGAACAUGGGACUUUGGAGGAAGUUGAUUUGGAUACGGGUGUUGAGACCCACACCAGUGAAGAUGAAGGUGAACCCAUCGAAGCAAUAGCCAAAUUUGACUACGCUGGGAGGUCUGCUCGAGAGUUGUCGUUUAAGAAAGGCGCCUCUUUGCUUCUGUAUCACAGAGCUUCGGAGGACUGGUGGGAGGGGCGGCACAAUGGAGUGGAUGGCCUUGUACCGCAUCAGUACAUCGUGGUGCAAGACACGGAUGACACGUUUUCCGACACACUAAGCCAGAAAGCCGACAGUGAAGCCAGCAGCGGGGCCGCCACAGAUGACAAGUUGUCCUCUAAGAACGACAUCACCUCUCCUACUGACCGCAUUCCAGAUGUUUAUGCAGCAAGACAGAAGAAGAGGUCAGAGCUCCCAGCCAGCAGGAGACCAUUGAGAGCCAGCGAGGGCCACUGUGUGGUGCACCCAAUGCACGGCUUAGUAAGUAGCUCAGGGGAGAGUGGCCCAUUGUUCACGCCUUCCCACGCCACCUCCCGCCUUUUCCUCCAGAAUCGCAGCGUCACGGUUGACAGUCCAGAGCGUCGACAUCGAGGGGUUCUUCCCAACAUUAGCCGACACGAGGGUGUCAAAAAGAUUGAGAGUCCACCAAUCAGAAGGUCUGCAUCCUCGGGUCAAUACACCAGCUUCAGUGAGCAUAAACCUCUGGACCCCGAAACAAUUGCUCAGCAGGACAUUGAAGACACCAUGAACACAGCACUGAAUGAGUUGCGGGAACUGGAGCGCCAGAGCACAGCCAAGCAUGCGCCGGACGUGGUCCUGGACACUCUGGAGCAGAAGAAGGGCGGCCCGGCCUUGGACUCUCGGAGCCCUCAGCGCUCCACCGCGCUGCCCAAGAGCACCGAGCCCUCUAUCCGGCGCAGCACCAGCUCUUCCAGUGACCCCGUGAGCACCUUCAAGCCCGUCCUGUCACCCCGGAUGGGGGUGCAGCUCAAGCCCCCUGCCCUGCGGCCCAAACCUGCAGUUUUACCCAAAACCAAUCCCAGUGUGGGACCACCACCCUCAGUUCAGUCCUCCACAGAUAAAUCAUGCACCAUGUAAAGAAAGUUAGCCUGGCUUGUGUGCUGAUACUGGAUCAACAUCACUGGCGAGGGUAAAGCCAGGAAUAUUGGUAUUUUAAUGUUUAUAAUUGGAGAUGUAUUCUUUCAGUGUUAGAAUAUAUGUCUCAGUAGUUACUUAACAGGGCAUUUGAAUUCCAUCUCAAACAGGACUGUUUUAAUGUGUAACUUACCAAUGUUAACAAGACUUGAAUCUUAUGCUGCAACAGUUUACUUUUGUAAAAAAAAACUAAAAAGAGAAGAAAGUUUGGGGGGAAAGAACAUCAAAGCUUCCCCCCAUCUUCUAUUCAGGCUGAUAAUUUAAACAAGGAGGGGAAUGGCUCAAUGCUUUUCUUUCCUCUUAGCUGAGAACUGAUGGGAAAAGGACUCAUUGUUAAAGCAGCCUCGAUGCUUUGAGUCUGGUAAUGACCUCUCUUCCUUCCUGCGCUCUGUGAACAUUCCUUUGGCCUUGCUGAUGGGUUCGCAAUGGAAUGAGCCACCAGACAACCACUCAAUGAGCUGCUGUAAGCGGUCAUUUUGGGAAUGUGCUGAUACCUUUCCUCUCCUAUCCCCUCGGCCUCCUGCAUAAACUGUCCAUUUAAACCCUAUGAUUGCUCCACACAGAAAGUCAAUCGUCUGGUUUAUGUUGGAAAAAAAAACCAGGGCCUCCCCUGGUCCAGUGAGGCUGCGCCCUCUUGUCCUGCCAAUGCUUUCCAGGCUGUUGCUGAUGCUGGAAAUCUGAAUCAUGAUUAGAAUAUUCUGGAAAUACUCAUCAGGUCAGGCAGCAUUUGUGGAGAGAGAAACUGAUGGGGUUUCAUAAGAACUAAGACAGUUUAGCCCUAUGAGUCUGUUUCCUUAGUGAGCCAAGUCUGUGUGGGAAUGUCAGUGAUUUUGAACAGUCACUUCCCCUGGUGGUGUGUUCUUCAGCCUCGUGUUCAAUUGAUUUAAAGAUAUUUAUUGCAUCUUGGUCUCUGUCUUCUGUGGCCCCAAUGUCCCACCGUUCCCUAGUUAUUGCUCUUCUUCACCCCUACAGUGCCCCUCAAAACCAACAAGGCAACCCACACUGCAAAUAGCCCAAUCCUUUGCUGCUGGGAACGAUGCCCCAAAAUGGAUCAGGAGGGGAAUGUCUUCAAGAGGAAGGAGUGAAAAUUAAAAUAACCAAUCAAGUCAGUCAUCUCUAGACUGGUAUGGGGAAUCCAAGAGUCUGCCAUUAGUUGAUGAUGAAUUGACAUGCUGUCUGAUUUACAGCUCAUUCACGACAAAACCAUUGUUGAAUUGGAAGGUGAUGUAGUGACACAGUGGGCAGACCUCCUGCCUCACAUCUCCAGAGACCUGCGUUCAAUCCUGCCCUUCGUUGCUGUGUGUGGGUGGAGUGUCAGAAUCAGAUUUAGAGGUGACACUGAAGCAUAGUGAUUAGUGUAGCUCUAUUACAGCACCAGCGACAGAGUUCAAUUCCCACCAUUGUCUGUAAGGAGCUUGUACGUUCUCCUCAUGACUGUGUGGGCUUCCUCCAGGUGCUCCGGUUUCCUCCCUCGUUCCAAAGACCUAAGCAUUAGUAGAUUCAUUGAUCACAUGGGUGUAAUUGCGUGACGUAGGCUCAUUGGGCCAAAAGGACCUGUUGCUGUGCUGUAUCUCUAAAAACGUGUUGUACAGCUCAGACUCUAUCCUCCACACAGCAGGUACUUUGAGGAAUUAGUUGCAUGCACACAAUGAAGUGCCUCUGGCUUCCUUGCUCCGAAUGAUCAACAAGUCUCCCCCUUACCCCCUGUGCUGCAUUGGCUCCACAUUCUGGUUGGACCCUGUUUAUAGAGCAGCAUAAGAAACUUGCUUGUCUUUUCAGAUCACAAUGACUUCACCUUGGAUAGUAACAGAUGAGCUGAAGGGUUUAAAUUUACUUCUUUAGCAGUGAGAGUUAGCUAGCCUAAUAACUUAAACUUUUUAAAAUUUAGUUUUAAUUCAAAAUAAUCUCCAUAUUCCAUAUUCCUUCUACCUACCCUUCCAUUCUUCAAUAUGAUGCCUACACUGAGUUAUCUAGCAAGGUACCCCGGUGCCUCUUCCCUGUCCCUUUCUCCUAUGGUCCACUCUCCUCUCCUAUCAAAUUCCUUCCUCUCCAGCUCUUUACCUUUCCCACCCACCUGGCUUCAUCUGUCACCUUCUAGCCACUCUCCUCAGCUUUUUAUUCUGCUACCUUUCAAUUUCCUUUCCAAUCCUGGAGAAGGGUCUUGGCCUGAAACAUCAACUUUGUUCAUUUCCGUUGAUGCUGCCUGACCUCCAACAUUUUGUGUGUGUGUGUGUGUGUGUGUGUGUGUGUGUGUGUGUGUUGAAGGGGUCUUCAGAGAUUUUUGCUCCAAGGUAUGCUGUGACUUCACUUUCCCCCCUUGACAAAGGCCUUGACCGACUCCAGUGUGACUGCCUGAUCCUUUUUACAGGCAUUCUAAUCAGUCUGGAAGAAGAGGAUCCCUCAGUAUCUCCCCACUUUGUCUUGGCUACCCUUUGAAACAUGCUUGAACACAAUUAUUCAUGUGGCUCAUUUCUCUGGUGUAAGUUCCAUAGUUGUAGAAUGCAGGAUAGAUAUGUUCACACAACCAGGUCUCACAAAAACAUCCCAAUAAUAUUGGCCCCCUUUUAUUUGCCAUAUGUUUUAAGAAGCUUAGAACUACAUUGUUUAUAAAUGUGUUUAACCAUUCACUCAAGCUCAAAAAAACAGAUCAACACAAACAAGUCCUCUGGGGGACAAGAAUGGACUGUGUGGAACCAGGUUUUGUCGUGGAUAAGUCAGUCUUUAAUCCCCCACCACCUGACUUGUUAUGUGUGUUGAGGUCACAUACUCGUUGCACAAGGCUUUUACCCUUCUCCAGUAUCCAAAGAUCUGAGGAACAAACUUUGCAGUGUUGUUUUCAAGGAUCAAAGGUACCUAUGUUUUUCAUUGGUUACCCUGUGUGUUUCUCCCAGGGAUUUUUUGAUGCAUAACAGUGUUUCCCCCCGCCCCGGUCAGAAGUAUUUGUGAAUGAUCCACUAGUGUUCCAGUCCAGCAAACCUAAACCAGCAGAUCUCCCUUUAACCACCCUACCCCAAUCCCUCUACAGCACCUGCAGAUAUUUCAAUAAUGUCAGAGAAAUGUAUACAAUAUACAUCCUGAAAUUCUUAAAUAUCCACAAAAACAGAGGAGUGCCCCAAAGAAUGAAUGACAGUUAAAACGUUAGAACCCCAAAGCCCCCCUCCCACGCACAAGCGGCAGCAAGAUAACGACCCCUCCAUCAGCCGGUCAUUGACAUACCACAGGCUCUCUCUCUGUCCCUGAUGAGGGAAAAAGAUGUGUCCACGCUUCACAGCGAGAGGGGAGACAUAACAAACAACUCGCUGAUUUAUGAUGUUAAAAGUCUGUUGCAUCACUUUUUCCUUUCCUAUCUACCUCCAGAAUUCUGCUCAUGAUACAGUUUUGUUACAUCCAAGGGUGAUAAUGUUUCAGAAAGCUGGGUUAUUGAGUUUUCUCUCUCCCUCUUUCCAUUUCUCUCAAUCCCUCCGUCUCUCUCUCCCUCUCCCUUUCUAUCUAUCUUUUCCUGACUAUCCCUCCCUCUCCCUCCCCAACUCUAACUCUCUCUCCCUCCCUCUGUUCCUUUCCCUCUCCCCCCUAACCCCAGUAUGCAGUCAAUUAAAGAAGCCCCUCCUACAACCUUGGUAACCCUGAUCUGGUCUGAGACUGGAAUUUAUCUGCAGCAAGUCAACCUAAACAGAGCUCACACUCUUAACCUACGGCAGUGCCUGGCGUCUCACUCCUGCUGUGUUAGGGUCUGCCUACUCAAUAUUUCACUGUACUGCCUACCUUGUCUUCUGAAGGACAGCCUCAGAGAUUACAGUCAUAAAAAGCUAGUAUAUCCAAUAUCUGGUAACAGAUUUUACCCAGAAGUUUACCUUAAGAUAUAUGUUCAUUUUUGUCUGCCAUUGUUUUAAUGAAUGGAAUUUAGUACUUUUUGAAACUUUUAUAGUUUCCACCUUUGUGUGGCCUUUGAAAAAAGGCUAUAGUACCUAUAGUAUAGAGUUUACAUAAAUUAAUUUAAAAACAAAUUGUAAAUCAGCCACAAAGCAUUGCAACUUUGUACUGCUCUGAGAUUUAUAUAUUCAACUAACAAAUAUACUGGACUACAAAAAUACUCCUUGUGCAUUCUAUUUAGCAAAAGCAAUGUAUAAUAGAAGUUAAUAAAGUUUUCUGGGUGCAUUAGCAGGAUAUAAUACAUAGUUCAAAGCUGCUUUUAACUGCAGUUUGUGGAUUUUUAACAGGUAACUGAUAACGGCUGCAGACACACUGGUAACUACAACAUACCAUCUGCCUAUUUCAGUAUUCCAUUUACUGCCAGCUGAGUUACAGAUACGAGUGCUGUGACCCCUCUGUGUCAAUGUACAUCUGUAGUAUGUACAUGUGAAAGUGCCUUUAAGCCUUUAGAGGAACUUGAGCCUUGGUCUAUACUGUUGCAUUUCUGUUUUCAUUUCUCAACCAACUUGGUAGUUUAAAAGAAAAUGCAGUUGUUGACAAUGUACCGCUAAUCAGUUGUGACAAUGCACUUUUGUGUAUAGUACUGUACAUCUGGCAUGUAGUGUUACCAAUUUCAGUAUACCUUCAGAUUUGUUCUAGAAGCAUCUUUCUAAUAAAGGAA